UCAAACGCAACUCGAGAUAUUGGGCUGCAUAAAUCGCCUAGUAAUAUAACUUUUGUUCGGCCGUCAUCGCCUGUCUCUCUUGCCUCCUCUCAGCCUGCUGCUUCCCCAAACCCUUCUCCAACCCACGAAGUCAGUAGGGCUGGCCUUCAAGAAAGACAUGGUCAAGCGGAAAUUGAGAUACCCCUAUCGGUUGAUGCAGAAAGUAUAGUCAAUGCUCCUCAGGAGCUUUCGGUUUAUGCUGACGAAGGGGUUGCAAUCCCUCCAUGUUGUCUUUCCUCUGUACGAGAUCAGCCGGCGAGUCGGACUAGCGAGAUGCCAUUGGCUACAGGCAACAGAGAUAUGCAGCGGGCCUUUAUCAACCAGUUAAUGCCGGUUCGUCUCCCUGGCCUUUUUAAGAAACUUGGAAAAUUAUUGUGUUUGUCCGACCUUGUGGAACUUACCUAG